CGAGGGGAUAUAAGCGAGGGCAGAGCGUGGCGGGCCACUGUCUUUGGCGGUCUAACACCAUGGCGAGGGUUCUGUCUGUGGCGCUGCUGGCGCUGUGCGCACUGCAGGUUGCCUCAGGCUCACCCCUCUUUGGGUUCAACUUCGGCGUGGACGACCUCAUCGGAAAGGUCAAGGACGUCGCCGAGGACGCCGCCGAGGCCGUGCACGAUGCAGCUGACGCCAGCUCCAGAGCGCUCCACGCGGCGCAGGACGGGAUCCGUGGGGGACUGGGAACCUUCGAGCGCGCACUGGGCUGGUUCGGACUGGGUGAAGAAGAGGAAAAGAAGGACAGCGCGACUAUCGUCAAGGUGACAGUACCAGAGGUGGAGGAACACAGCAAUCCCCUCUCUUCUGCGCUCGGCGCCGCCUCAUCGGCCCUCAGCAAACUGCCCAGCUGGUUCGGCUUCGGCCAGGAUGACGAUGACAGCGAUGACGACUUGUCCGUGACCAUCGGGCAAAACGAGGACUUGGUCGUGCUGAACCUCAACGCCACCGUGGAGGCCAGAAACAAGGCGGAAGAAAGCCUGCUGCAGGCAGGUGAUACCGACUUGGACUUGUCAGAGGCCAGGAGGGCAGCUGCGACGGCGCUGAGCGCCGGACUCAAGGCCGCAGAGGUUGCUGAGGCCGCUGCUUCGGCUGCAGUGCAGGCAGGGCUCGGGAUCGCGCAAGAGGCAGAAAAGAAAGCCAAGGAAGUGAUCGCCACAGCUGCUGUGAAUGCCGUAGCCGCACUGGAGGCGGCCAACCAGACCAUCGCCCAAGAGAUCUUGGUCGCGGAGGCCCUACUGGAGGAACGAAAGGAUGCAGCUGAAGUCGCGGUCCGCGUGGCUCGCGAAGCUUCCGGAGUCUUUGACGCAGUCCUCAACCGCGCCGAGGCCGACGCCGACCACAUCAAAGAGGACGCCGACAAGGAGUUGGAGGCUGUAGUGAAACUUGCCUCCAAGUCUCAAGAUGCAGCUGACGAGGCCCUGGAUAUUGCCCUAGACGCCGCUGAGAUGGUGGAGGCCGCCGCCGACGCCCAGCUCUCCCUGGCCGUCGAAUCAGGUUCCGAGUCAAAAAUUAAAAUAGCCCUUGACGAAAAGGCAGCAGCCGAAAAAGAAGUGGACGCCGCUUUCCAAAUUGCUGUCGAUGCCCAGGAAAAGAUUGAUCAGGAAAUCGAGGACAGCAUAACUGCUAUCGAAACAGUCCAGGAACUGACAGACAACAUAAUCGACAAACUUGUAGAAGACACAGAAGACAGCAAAGAUGCUACAGACGCACGUAUCGAAACAGCAGUCGCAAAUGCAGAAGACGAACUAGCGACAGAAAAUGAGAUCAACGUCACUAUUAAUACUGAGACACCCACCGCCCCUGCUGAGAACGAACACGAAGCUGAUUCCAACGUAGCCAUCGCUAUCGAGGUUUCUAGUGAGACCACCACCGCCGUUGCUGAGACCGAAGACGAUGUUGACUCACAUUUGGCUAUCGCUAUCGAGCUUUCCGGUGAGACCACCACAACCGCUGCUAAGACCGAAGACGAUGUUGACUCACAUUUGGCCAUCGCUAUCGAGCUUUCCAGUGAGACCACCACCGCCGCUGCUGAGACCGAGGACGAUGUUGACUCCAACGUAGCCAUCGCUAUCGAGCUUUCCAGUGAGACCACCACCGCCGCUGCUGAGACCGAAGACGAUGCUGACUCGCAUUUGGCCAUCGCUAUCGAGCUUUCCAGUGAGACCACCACCGCCGCUGCUGAGACCGAAGACGAUGAUGACCCUAAGGUAGCCAUCGCUAUCGAGGUUUCAAGUGAGACCACCACCGCCGCUACUGAGACCGAAGACGAUGAUGACUCUAAGGUAGCCAUCGCUAUCGAGCUUUCCAGUGAGACCACCACCGCCGCUGCUGAGAGCGAAGAUGACGCUGACUCUAACGUAGCCAUCGCUAUCGAGCUUUCCAGUGAGACCACCACCGCCGCUGCUGAGAGCGAAGAUGACGCUGACUCUAAGGUAGCCAUCGCUAUCGAGCUUUCCAGUGAGACCACCACCGCCGCUGCUGAGACCGAAGACGAUGCUGACUCCAACGUAGCCAUCGCUAUCGAGGUUUCCAGUGAGACCACCACCGCCGCUGCUGAGGCCGAAGACGAUGUUGACUCGCAUUUGGCCAUCGCUAUCGAGGUUUCCAGUGAGACCACCACCGCCGUUGCUGAGACCGAAGACGAUGAUGACUCCAACAUAGCCAUCGCUAUCGAGCUUUCCAGUGAAACCACCACCGCCGCUGCUGAGAGUGACGAUGACACUGACUCUAAAAUUACGAUCUCUGUCGAUUUGAGUAGUGAGUCCACCAGUGCUGCAUCCGAUUCUGAAGCGGUAGAAUCUGAACCAUCAGUUACUAUUAAUCUUGACAGUGCAGAUGGGUCGUCGAACUCCACAGCGGUUACUGCUUUAGCGCAGGCUUUGCAGGGUGUCUUGCAGACUUUGGUUGGUGAUGAUUCAGCAGUCGUGUUGAAUUUGACCGUAUCUUAACAUGCCUACUUUUUGUAGUUGGCUUUUAGGAAAACUUGCCUGAGAUGGUGAAAAUAAAUUUGUUUCGAAAAUUA